GUCUGAGGCGGUCUGUUUAUAAACAGCUGUUGAAAAGUCGAGGCGAUUUUUCAACCGUACCCUAGUGUUGACUGCGAUCUCCCUCCAUUUUGCGCUCAUACAAGACCUUUUACAGUGAGAUUAGCAGUGGUUAUCUUGCAUUCACUAACCGAGGCGAGCUGCAUUACUCUUCCGUCCUCCCGGUCAUUUAGAUAUCUCGCAAAAGCCUUCGAAACACAUUCCAGCCGCGGGACAUCAUGUCUGGUCUUGACGAGGCUAUCGAGCGCUAUCGCUCUGCAUUAUCCCUCCAUCCCCCCGGUCAUUCACAACGACCCAUGUAUCUGAACAAUCUUGCAAUCAGCCUCCGAAACAGAUACCUGCAGCGGCGCGUGAUGUCUGACCUUGAAGAGGCCAUCAUGCACCAUCGCGAGGCUACAUCACUCAUUCCGCCCGAUGAUUCACAUCGAUUCACGUGUCUGAACAAUCUUGCAAUCAGCCUUGGAGAGAGAUUCCGGCAACGGGGCAAAAUGUUGGACCUUGACGAGGCUAUCUAUUUCCGUCGCGUUGCAUUACCCCUCCCUCCCCCCAGCGAUUUACAUCUAUGCAUGUCUCUGAACAAUCUUGCAAACAGCCUUCGAGACAGAUUCCAGCUACAGGGAAUAAUUUCUGACCUUGACGAGGCUAUCAUACACCAUCGCACAGCAUUACUCCUCACCGAUGAUUCAAAUCGACCCAUGUGUCUGAACAAUCUUGCAAUCAGUCUUCGAGACAGAUCCCGGCAACAGGGCAUUAUGUCUGAGCAUGAUGAUGCUAUCAAACUCCAUCGCGAGGCAUUAUCCCUCUGUCCCAUCGGUCAUUCACAUCAAUCCACGUCUAUGAACAAUCUUGCAAACAGCCUUCGAGAAAGAUACCAGCAAGAGGGCAUGGUGUCUGACCUCAAUGAUGCUAUCGAGCUCCAUCGCAAAGCAUUACACCUCCGUCUCGUCGAUGAUCCAGAACGAUUGUCGUCUCUGAACGAUCUUGCACUUAGCCUUCGAGACAGAUUCCUGCAACAGGGCCAAAUGUCGGACCUUGAGGAGGCUAUUGAUCGCCAAAACGCUGCAUUACUCCUCAUUCCCCCUGGUCAUUCACAUCGAUUAUCGUCUCUGAACAAUCUUGCACUCAGCCUUCAAGACAGAUUCCGAAGACAAAACGACCGGUCUGACCUCGAAAGAGCAUUCAUGUUGUACUCACAACUCUCCGACCCGCCACAUGCAGUAUCUCGCACACAUCUUAGUACUGCUAAGACAUGGGCGGCCUCCGCCGACAUAUUCAAUCACUCAUCUGCAUUGCGUGCUUAUAAGGUUGCCCUGAAAUUCUUAGACCAGCAAGUUGCUCUCCUGUCGUCUUCUUCGCAUCACUUCGACGUCAUCAGGGAGGUUGUUUCUUCUCUCUCCACAGAUGCUUUUUCGUGCAGUGUUCGUCGUGGUGCGUUGAUAACUGCGGUGGAGUUGAUGGAGCAAGGUCGUGCAGUGCUCUGGACCCAGUUGGCACGGUUCAACAUACCACUCGAUGAACUUUUCAUUUCAGGUGACGCCCGCACGGCCAAUCUGGCAGAAGAUUUCAAACGGUUGAGUAUUCGCCUUCGUAACGCGUUCGAUCAGUCUGAAGACCAGUCUCCGCAAAUACGACAACUGACGAUGCAAUGGGAUGAAGUUGUCUCGCGCAUUCGCCUGCUCCCCAACUUUUCACGUUUUCUCCUACCUCCACUGUUUUCCGACCUCCAGAAGGCGGCUGAAGAUGGCCCAGUGAUAAUCGUCAAUGCUAGUCAGCACAGCUGCGAUGCCUUGAUCAUCCAUAGUGCGAGAGAUCCUGUCCAUGUUCCGCUUGACAUUACACAAGCCAAAGUGUUCGAACUCUCUUCACAGUUGGAUCCUUCCGAUGAACUCGAGCUUGUCGGCAUCCUUCGCAAGCUUUGGAAUGAUGUCGUUAACCCCAUAGUUCAAGCUCUUAGGGAGUCUGAAGUUCGCCCUGGUUCGCGUAUCUGGUGGUGUCCCACUGCUGGGUUCACGCCGCUUCCCCUCCAUGCAGCAGGUCCAUACGAGGAGAGGAAAGACAAUUUGUCAGACAUUUAUAUAUCCUCUUACACCCCCACUUUGGGAACUCUUGUUCGUGCAAGACAGCAGGUUUCUGGAGAUGUGUCCUCGCAACAUUUCGUUGCCAUCGGCCAAGGCAACCCGUAUCAAGGGGAGAAGCUCGAAUGUGUCGCUCGUGAGCUAGUCGCCGUCGCUGACCACGUUGAUGCCGCCAUCUCCUUCACAUCCCUCGAGGACGACAAUGCAACAGUCGAGGGUGCGCUCGAUGCAUUCAGCCGUAAUCAAUGGCUCCAUCUUGCCUGCCAUGGAACACCGAAUCGGACACAGCCGUUCGAGUCUUCCUUCGCCAUGCGCGACGGGCCUUUAAUGAUCAAGGAUAUCAUCCAAUCCAACUGCAAGAACCCACAGUUUGCAUUCCUAUCGGCCUGCCACACUACCGUUGGCGAUAAAACGAGCCCCGAUGAGUCGAUCCAUCUUGCUGCGGCUAUGCAAUUCUGCGGAUUUCGCAGUGUGAUCGGUUCCAUGUGGUCUGUUAACGACGAGGUUGCAUCCAAAGUCGUGUCUACUUUUUACCGCAAGUUAAUUGGUGAUUCAGAAAGAUUGGCCUGCACAGGCGCUGCGGUAGCGCUACACGAGGCUGUGAGAUCGUUGCGCGAGGAGAUUCCGUUAGAACAGCAGAUUGUAUUUAUCCACAUAGGUGUGUAGUUAGAGACUCGAUUCGCUAUAUUAUUCCACUUUCUUUAUUUCUAGUUGUUUUCAUCCCCUCGCUCUCCUGGUGUUUACUUAUUUCUGCAUGAUACUUUGUUGUUCUGUACUGUACUAGUGCCACGCACUGCGUCCCGCCGUCAGCAUAUUCUAACCUCGCUAUACCCGUUCCAGUUACUUACAUAAGCUACGUACAUUUUUCACUCGCGCU